AUGGCCAUCGACAUGUGGUCGCUCGGCUGCAUUGUGGCCGAGCUGGCCCUGGGCCAGCCCCUCUUCCCGGCCGAGAAUGAGCACGACCUGAUCAUCCGGAUAGUCAGUGCCCUGGGCCUCCCCCCGGCUUCGGUCAUGGCCAUCGCCACUCGCCGGAAGACCUUCUUCGAUGCGGAGUUCCUCCCCCUGAAGCAGGGCGCCAAUGCCACUGCGCAGAUUGCCGCCAAGGCCGCGGCCGAUGCCGAGGCCGCCGCCUCCGGCAUCCCCAACCACUCGACCGCCCCGUACUACGUCCCGCCGAGUGGCACCAUGCCGCCGGCCAAUCCCCUGGCCGUGGUCCUUGCCAAGCAGGACCCGGCCCUGAUCGACUUCGUCACGCGUUGCCUCACUUGGAACCCGAGCGAUCGCAUGUCCAUCGCCGAGGCGUGGAACCACCCGUGGCUUCGGAAUGCCCGGCCCGGGCCGCCGCCCAUGGUGCUGGCUGCCCAGCAGGCGGCCGCCUCCUCGAGCAGCGCCGCCUCGUCCGAUGCCAGCGCCGCCGCGUCGGCCUCCUCCUCGUCCUCCUCGUCGGAGACCGUGGCCAGCGCCACCCUCGCCGCCGCCGCCUCCGCCGCCACCGGGGGCGUCUCCUCCUCGACGGCCGAGCAGGCCGACUCGCCGAAGCAGUCGGCCAUGUCCCGGGCCACUGGCGGUGGGUCUCCCCUGUCGGCCGGGUCGUCCUCCUCCAGCAGCACCACCAGCUCCCCGAGUGCCGGCGAUGUUGCCGCUGCGGCGCAUCACCAUGCCCACCACCACCACCCGGCCCCGGUGGUGACCUACUCCUUCGAGGAGCUGGCCGCCGGCCUGCGGGCUCUGUACAUCGGUGCCCCGCCGCCCUCGACCUCUGGGGCGCCGGCUGUUGCCGGUUAUGACAAGGCUGCCUACCAGAAGUGA